AUGUCUAACGUUUGUCCAGCGUCGGCGUCGGCCUCAACGCUCGAGCAGUGCCCCGUCUCGGGCGAGCAGUCCAAGUACGCCUCGGCGAUGGAGCUGCCGCAGGAGACCAAGCCGAUCCCGUAUCCGCCGCGCAAGUUCAUUGUCGGCAACCUGUUCGACCUCGACCCGACGCGCGGCGUGCAGUGUAUACAUGAGAUCGGCGAGCGCCCCGAGUUUCGCGACAUCUACGAGCUCAAGAUUAUGGGCCAGGCGUUUUCGAUCGCGGGCUCGUACAAGAUGGCCAAGGCGCUGUGUGACGAGACACGGUUCAAGAAGAAUGCACACCGCCCAAUCAUGCUGCUGCGCGACAUGCUCGGCGACGGACUCUUCACGGCGCUCGACGAGGAGGAGUCGUGGGAGAUUGCGCACCGCAUCCUGCUGCCCGCCUUUGGCCCGCUUUCGCUAAAGAAGAUGCAGCCCAUGAUGGUUGACACGUUGACGCAGAUGCUCAUGCACUGGGAGCACACAGCGGGCACCCCGUUCGACAUCGUUGACCAGUUCACGCGCCUCACCCUCGACACCAUUGGGCUGUGCGCGUUCCGGUUUCGCUUCAACUCGUUCCACUCCGAGAAGGUGCACCCCUUUGUGGACAAUCUUAUGAAGGUGCUUGUGCAGAUUGACGAGCGGAGCAAGUUCCCCGACGGCCUGCUGAAACUGCGUUACUUUGCAAACAAGAAAUACUACGGCGCAAUCCAGGAAAUGUUCGACAUGUGCGACCAGCUCAUAGCCGAGCGCAAACGCAACCCAUACCCCGAUGCGGGCGACCUUCUCAACACGAUGCUGCACGACAAGGACCCCAAGACGGGCAAGGGGCUGACCGACGAGAACAUUCGCUACCAGGUCAUCACCUUCUUGAGUGCAGGUAAGUGUGGAUAG